ACUGCAUCUUUUCUCAAAUAAAAGUCUUUGUUUUCUCUGUAGUAACAACAGUUCUUUUCUUGCAGUGUUGCUGCCGUGUGUGUUGUCAUUUAACGUGGAUGACAAGAAUGGGGAGACUUUCAAUGGUCCGCUGGAGGACAUGUUUGGAUACUCAGUCCAGCAGUUUGAGAACAGUGAGGGGAAGUGGGUGCUGAUUGGUUCUCCCCUGGCCGGCCAGCCAGCCAAACGGACUGGAGAUGUCUACAAAUGCCGUGUGGGUCAAGGACCAAACCCUAGAUGUAUCAAACUGGAGCUGCCUGAAAACACAACAAUUCCUAAUUUACACGAAGUCAAGGAAAACAUGACCAUGGGAACGACGUUGGUUACCAACCCUCAAGGAGGCUUUCUGGCUUGUGGUCCACAGUAUGGCUACAUGUGUGGUCAGCAGACAUACAUCUCUGGGGUCUGUACCAACGUCAGCUCAACCUUCCAGGUGCUCAACUCCUUCGCCCCGGCUGUGCAAGAGUGUGCCAAAGAGCUUGACAUUGUCAUGGUUCUUGACGGCUCCAACAGUAUCUGGCCUUGGACCAGCAUCAUUGAUUUCCUGGUCAAGUUUCUGAAGAAUAUCGAAAUUGGAGCUAAACUGUCCCAGGUGAUUUCUCCUUUCAGUACACUAGAACACAUAGGUAACACCUUAGAUGAAGGUCCACUUUGUCACUGUAGGAGAACCAUUUAUGAUUCCAGACAGGUAGAACAUUUUCAUCAAAGAACCAUGUAAGAACCCAGUAUCAACUACUCUGGCCCAUGAAUGAGAGAGGGAUAGAAGGCUAGGAUCGGGGAAUAGAGUAAAGAAUAGAGGAAUAGAAGGUUGGGUUAGAGG